CCGGAAGCCGGGGCGCGGGCACUUCCCGGACGAGUCUGCAACCCGCAGCGCGGAGCCGCGUAGACUUUAAGAAACAAUAAUCAACCAACAUACUGAAACACAGAUCCCGAGUCCCACCAAGUCACUUCUCACAGGCUUUCUUGUGUAACCUGCAUCCAGAACAGUAAGUCUAAAUGGAGACACCAAGACCUAGGAAGACUGUUGAAGGCCACGGUCAGCAGGAGGUGCAAACCCAUGCAAUCUACCUGUAAUUGGCUGUCUUCACCAUUUUAUGACUUUGUUUGCCUAGCUGACAGAUCUCAAAUGCCCUCCAGGCCAGGUGAAGCGGAGAACAAUCGCUCUACCAAGUUCAUACCUUGAUGGCUGUUCCAUGAAGUUCAGACUGGAUCUCUUCUCUCCCGCCGUUCCCCCAAUGCCUGCUCUUUCAUGGUUAGUUUGGAGGCCUGCACUAUGGCUUCAUCCUCCUCCGUCCCAGCCUCCCCCACUCAAUCCAAGAAGCCUCGAGACAAGAUAGCUGACUGGUUCAGGCAGGCUCUGUUGAAGAAGCCCAAGAAGAUGCCAAUCUCCCAGGAAAGCCACCUCAGUGAUGGUUCACAGGAUGGUCUCUCACCCUCGAGCUGCAGCUCACCCCCGAGUCACAGUUCACCCGAGAGCCAUAACUCACCCUCGAGCUGCAGUUCAGGAAUGUCACCUACCUCGCCACCAACACACGUGGACAGCAGCAGCAGCAGUGGCCGCUGGAGCAAAGACUACGAUGUCUGCGUGUGCCACAGUGAAGAGGACUUGGAGGCGGCCCAGGAGCUGGUCUCCUACUUGGAGGGUAGCCAGGCCAGUCUACGCUGCUUCCUGCAGCUUCGGGAUGCAGCCCCGGGUGGGGCCAUUGUUUCGGAGCUAUGCCAGGCGCUGAGUCGUAGUCACUGCCGCGUGCUGCUCAUCACUUCAGGCUUCCUUCGGGACCCCUGGUGCAAGUACCAGAUGCUGCAGGCCCUGACGGAGGCCCCGGCGUCGGAGGGUCGCACCAUACCCUUGUUGUCCGGCCUGUCCAGAGACGCCUAUCCGCCGGAACUCCGAUUCAUGUACUAUGUGGAUGGCAGAGGCAAGGACGGAGGUUUUUACCAAGUCAAGGAGGCUGUUAUACACUAUCUGGAGACACUAAGCUGAUACUUGGGCUUUCAUAAGAAAAGCUGGGAAUCGUUCACAGCAGUCAUUAGUCCAGUAUAUACAGCAGGAGGCAUCAGGAGCCAGAGCCAGCUGCACCCUGUUUAUGACACAGGAUCAGAUCACCACCAGCUUCCAUUAUCGUGGGCCCACAAGACGGCCAGGCUGAAGAUGGGAACCACCCCCGCAAGGAGACCAGGAAGAAGAUGGGGACUCCCCAAGAAGGGUAGGAGGAAGCCAGGGACUCCCCCAGGAAGACAACAAGGAAGUCAGAAAUUCGAGUUGUCAAGAGACUGUGCUAUCGGGAAGGUCAGCAGUGUCCCCUCUGCUGCUUAACUAGAUAGGAAGCUGAGACAUGGCUGUCUUCUUCCUCUGGCAUCAGGCACCGGGGGAAAUGGAUACCACUCCUCAAGAGGGGUGAACCCGAUUGAUGAGCCAGAAGUUGCCCAGGGAAGCUGAGAAGAGGUGGCAAGUAUCCAGUCCUUCACACACACACUACCGAAACUCUUUCCCAGAGACGUCAACUCACCUCACAAAACUGGAAGACACAUUCAUCCCCAUACUGAAUUUCACCUAUUGAAAAAAAAAUGUCAUUAAAAAUGCACCCAGAGGGGCUGGGGAGACAGUGGUUCAGCGGU